AUGUCUACAGAAACCCUUGUGCUUACGGGAGCUACUGGCUUCUGCGGUUUUGCCAUUCUCCAAGAAGCAUUGCAAUACGACUACAACAUCCGCAUUGUCGUGCGCACCGCCGCAAAAGCCGAUCUUCUGCGCAACAACCCAUGCUUCAAAUCCCUAACCAGAGGACCUCCACGAUGCAACUUUUACAUUGUGCCGGACCUCAAGGUCGAAGGUGCCUUGGAUGAAGCAACAGCAGGAGCUGAUUAUAUGAUUCAUUCCGCCUCUCCUGCGCCAUUUAAAAAUCUCUCUCUCAGCCCUGAAGAGCAGUAUAAACAAAUGGUCGAGCCGACAAUUGCGAAUACCAUUUCUGCUUUGCAGUCAGCGCAUAAGUCAGCCUCUAUAAAGAGAGUGGUUAUUAGUUCUUCCUGCGCCAUUUUCAUUACUCCAGAAUUGUUGGUCGGACCUGUGGACAAACCCGUCGUUCUUACCGAGGAGAAUCUCAAUACUGAGAUUACGCCUCCGUACGCCAAUGUCUUGGUUUCAGACGUCGCAUCAAAGACUUCUUCAUUCCUAAAGUCGCAGCAAUGGAUGCAAGACCACAAGCCAAACUUCGACGUCGUCAACAUCUGUCCUACAUACGUGCAAGGACGCAAUGAACUCGCCACUUCGCCUGCAGAUCUGAUGAGCACCUCCAACGUGCUAUUCUUGAGAAUGGCAUUGGGACUAGCGCCAAAAGACUCUCCUGCUGAAAUUGCCUCAGUGGUGCAUAUUGAGGAUGUGGCUGCUAUUCAUAUUGCCGCUCUCAACAAGGACAGAAUCCCUGCUGGAGAAUAUCUGUUUGGGCAGGAAGUCCAAUGGAAUGAUGUCAGCACAAUCACUAAGGAUUUGUUCCCUGAACAGGUUGAGAAAGGCUUGUUGCCUUGUACGUCAGAUAUUGAAACCAAGAGUGUGGUUUUCAGCAAGGAAAAGACAGAAAGGAUUUUUGAUAUUGAGCUCAAGUCUGUGGAAGACAUGGUUGAGGAUUUGAUGGAGCAAUACCUCGAGCUCUCAGGCCAGAAGAACCAAGAAGACGACGACGAUGAUGAUGAUGACGAGUAG